UUCUGAACAAAUGCUAUUUAUGGUUUGUUUCUACAAAACGAACGUUAAGAAAUUUGAGGUUGUCUAGAAGAAAAUAACACUGUCGUAAGGGGGUCUUGACAAACACCAUGAACACAGCCGAUUUUCAGACACAUUUAACCGCUAUAAUUGAAAUCAUGGUGAGAACCGCUGCUGCGGAAAUAAGCAAACUAUUCGAGGAGAACUCACUGCUGCUGCGAAUGGAGAUCUUACGAUGUACAAACGAAAACGAGUCUCUGAAAAAGAAAUGUAAUUUUCUGGAGAACGAACUUGAGUCUGCCCGGAAAACCGCUGGAGAGAUGAACGGGACACAAGCACCACUCAGCGUUACAGAAACUGGACAACCUCCCACAAUUGACAAUGUGUUUGGUAAGGAAUGGUGCAUGAACCUCUGGAGACAGGAGGAGUCAGGGUUUGGAGAGCCGGAGGAUGCACAAAAGCCAAUAGAUUUGCUUGAUGGAGAACCAGAUAUGAUUAUGAUUAAAGAUGAGACGAAGAAUGCCAGUUGCUGUUUAAACGGUAGACCUGAGGACAACAAAAGCAGCAGUCUGACAGGACCAGCGAUGUCCAAUGAUGAGAGAUGUGCUGACCAGAAGUCUGAUGAUUAUAUCACAUACACUGUGCCUUCAGAUGAACAAGCCCAAUCGCAUGUACAGCAGCCACAACCAGAAGAGCAAAGUCUUCAUAGGACAAUUCAUGCGCAUGGACACAUUACAACAGAUGUAAAUUUCAACCACAUGAAAGUUGAAGCGCAAAUGAUGAAAUACAAGUGUGUGUUCUGUGACAGACCCUUUAAAUAUAUAAGCCAUUUGCAAAGACAUAUGCGGAAACACUCUGGAGAAAAACCAUACGUCUGUGCAAUCUGUGGUCGACGAUUCGCUCAGAAAACGUAUCUCACAACUCACGAGCGCACACACUCCGGCGAAAGGCCGUAUGCUUGCAUUGAUUGCGGAAAGAGUUUCUCUCAGAAAAGCUCUCUAAAUGUGCAUCUCCGAAGCCACACUGGAGAAAAGCCAUUUAGCUGCUUAAAGUGCGGUAAAAGCUACACGUACAAAAUUGCUCUUAAAACACACCGAUGUUAGAGUAGAAAUGAGCCAUUACUGAAUAUAUUGUGUACUUUUAGAUUGAAACUGUUGUGGGUCAUUAUUAAAAUAUUCCCGUUUUCUGUUUGAUGAACAGAAGGAAAUACGUUGCUGACUGAAAUAUAUUAAAAAAAAUGAAAAAAAGUUGAUUGAAUUGUUUAGCAUAAAGAUUGAUUAUAAAUGCAAUAGAUUUAGGACAGUAUAAAUGUAAAUGCUCACCGACACUAAAGUGUCCCAUAGUAAAUUCCUUUUAAGCAAUAUAUAAUUGUUUAUACACUGUGAAAUGUGUUCUUGUGAAGCUACUAGAGAGAAUGAACUAUGGAUUUGUUCUUGCUGUAAUUUUGUAGCUAACCUUAAUUAAUCUUAAUUAUAUUUUUACCUUUUGCCCUAUAUGAAGUGUUUACUGUUUUCUAAAUUAAACAUUAGUUUUAUUUAAUUAAUGUGGUUGUGUUUAAUUUAUUGUUUGUUUUUGGGUAAUGUAAUGCUUUAGGGACAAGGACAUGUAGGCGUCUGAAUCAAAUUUGAGCUGCAAAAGAGAAUUUAUAUACAGUGCAUCCAGAAAGUAUUGAUAGCGCUUCACUUUUUCCACAUUUGUUUUGUUACAGCCUUAUUCCAAAAUUGGUUAAAUUAUUUUAUUUCCUCAAAAUUCUACACACAAUACCACA